UCGAUUGCUGGUGAAGUACCGUUCGAAUGGGGUCCGCCGUCAAACAGUGUGGAGGGAACGUUCAGAAAAGCUGCUGUCACCACGGAUCACGCGACAUGCUCGGAGAUCGGAGGCACACCAUUCGUAAACGAGGUGAUUAUUCAAGGGCGAGCAACGUUUAGCACAGCCAUGAAUGCUGGUUGGUCCACGAACAUUUCUACUGAUUUACAGGGAAAUAUCCUGAAGAAAGGUGGGAAUGCCGUUGAUGCUUCUAUAGCAGUGAUGUUCUGCCUUGGAGUCACAAAUCCGCAGUCAAGUGGUCUCGGUGGAGGAUUCUUGAUGACCAUCUAUAACAAGACCGAAGGUAAAUGCGUUGCAAUUGAUGCGAGGGAAACGGCGCCAGCAGCAGCACAUCGUGACAUGUUCAGAAAUGACAGUGAUGGAUCUAAAUACGGUCGUGUAGCUUGGAAGGAACUCAUCGAGCCAUCGGUGAAACUCUGUCGAAACGGCGUUCCGGUGUCGGAGUAUCUGGACAAUGUCAUGAAAGUCAAGGAACGACAUUUUCGACUGUUUUCUAGCAUGAAGGCGUGGAUUAAUCCGCUCACCAACUCUACAUAUAGAGCCGGUGACCUUCUCCCGCGACUGAAGCUAGCUGAAACGUUGGAGAAAUUGGCUAACUCAAAUGAUCCUGUGAAGCUGUUUUAUCGUGGCGAAAUGGCCGAAACUAUCGCUAAGGAGAUGGCUGAGGGAGGAGGGAUCAUCACAAAAGCAGAUCUCGCAUCGUACAAACCACGGGUUUACAAGCAGUUGGCGAAUACGCAUUUCCGAGGAAAUCUGGUCAUGUGUGGCGGACCACCACCAUCAUCUUUCGCUGUCACGCAACUGAUUGUUUCAGUGAUGAGUGCUCUCUAUCCCGAAAACCAUGGAGCCGACAUUCUAAGUGAUCCAAAGGUCACUCAUCAUUUCAUCGAGGCAAUGAAGUUCGCUUACGCGCAAAGGUGA